UUACUUCUUUGCGAUUAGCACAAACCCUAAACCCAGGGAAGCGCAUAGCCAAACGAUGGCGACUUCAGUCGAAGCAUCCGUGGAAUCGCUGCGCCAAAUCUCAACAGAGCCACCGGUAUGGCUCGUGCCCAAACAGGAUCUCUCGCAAGCGGUACGAGAGGCGUCGAAGCUUCUGUUCUCUAGCCUGAAACCGCACUGUCCAAAGUCUCCAUUUGACGAGCUUCUGAUCGAAGGAUUCGACGCGGAGCAGAUAUGGCAACAGAUUGAUCUCCAAUCACAGCCGCUACUGUCCUCCCUCCGCCGUGAGGUCAAGAAGUUCGAGAAACACCCGGAGGAGAUUGCCAAACUCAAGGUAGAUGUGGAAGAAGGAAAGAGGAGGGUUAUAGAAGAAGUUGAGACUGAACACGAGGUUAAUGAUGGUGACGACGAAGAUGAUGAUAUCGAUAUGGAUGAAGACGAGGAGGAGGAGGAGGAAGAUGGGGAGGAGAAAGAGAGAGGAAAGGACGAAGACAGUGAGAAUGGAGGAGAAGAAAAAGGUGGCAUUGAGGAUAAAUUUUUGAAAAUCAAGGAAUUGCAAGAGUAUUUAGAGGAUGAUGAAGCAAGGGUGUUUGGAUUGAACAAGAAGAAAACAAAGACAGAAACUAAGAAGGACGAAGAAGACACAGAAGAAGAAGAACAAGAGAGCGAUGAUGAGGAAAACGAGGAAGGCACUGAUGAGGCUGAAGAGGAGGAAGACCAGCUCGGACUCUUUGGUGGGAAUGAUGAAUCUGAUGAAGACGACUUGGGAAAUGCUAGAUACGAAGAUUUUUUCAAUAGGAAAAAGAGCAAGGAUUCCAAGGACAAAACCAAAUAUAGAGACAUGCUGAAAGAAGAUUCAGAAUCAGAUGAUGAACAACAUAUGCAUAAGAGAAAGGAUGGUCUUUCUAAGCACGAAAAAGAACUUGACAAACUCAGAUCUAAAAUAGAGCAGAUGGAGAAAGCUAACUUGGAUCCAAAAGUUUGGACAAUGCGUGGAGAGGUAACUGCUGCACAAAGGCAAAAGAACAGUGCAUUAGAAGUUGAUUUGGAUUUUGAGCACAAUGUCAGGCCAGCCCCUGUAAUUACAGAGGAGGUUACUGCAUCACUUGAAGAUUUGAUAAAGACUAGGAUCAGUGAGGGCCUGUUUGAUGAUGUUCAAAAGGCUCCAACUUUAUCAUCCAAAGCACCAAGAGAGGUCAAAGAACUGGAUGAGAACAAGAGCAAGAAGGGUCUUGCUGAGAUUUAUGAGGAAGAUUUUGUCCAGAAAACAGAUCCAGCCUCUGCCCCAUUAACCUUCUCAGAUGAACUAAAGAAAGAGGCCAGUUUGCUGUUUAAGAAACUUCGCUUGAAAUUGGAUGCCCUCUCUCAUUUCCACUUUACUCCUAAGCCUGUUAUUGAAGACAUGACCAUACAAACAAAUGUCCCCGCCCUUGCAAUGGAAGAGAUUGCACCUAUGGCCGUCUCAGAUGCAGCUAUGCUGGCUCCCGAGGAAGUUUUUUCUGGUAAAGGCGACGUUAAAGAAGAAGCAGAACUGACGAAGGCAGAGAGGAAAAGGAGGAGGGCUAACAAGAAAAGGAAGUUUAAGGCCGAAGCAGCUAAAAGGGUGGGUAAAAGGCCACGAGAUAAUAAAUCCGUACACAAUAGCGAUGAAGUAUUUGCAGGCAGGGAAGUAUAGUAUUGGUGAAGCGUGGGAAGGAGGAAGACAAGGGAGGCAUGGGGUUCUUACAUUAUUAAGUUCUCUCUGUGAGCAAGCCGAACAUGAAGACAGAGCUGAGAGGAUCAAUCCGGUGUUUUACUUUUUGUAAGAAUAUAAUUAAUGGUAUUUCAGUUUUAAUAACAUAUAAUUUAACACUUGAUUUUGUGCC